AUGAGUCGAAAGGAAAAAUUGCCUAAGAGGAACGUUCCUCGUGGCACAAAAGAUAAAAGCAAUGAGAACAAGUUCUCACCAUUACAAGCCAGGGAAGACUCUUCAUCACGUCGGGACGCGGACGGGGAUGUACAAAUGCAUCAAUCAGAAGGGGAUGCAGCAGAACCUCAAAAGCAUAGGGAAAAGCACCGUCAGGGCUACAGCCUAAAGCAGCGCGCGGCCACGACCCGGAUCCGGAACUGCGGUGACAAGGAUUAUUACGGCGUGCUGGGGCUUGAGAGGACCUGUGACGCACGGGAUGUCCGACAAGCAUAUCGAACCUUGGCCCUGCUGAUACACCCAGACCAUAAUAAGUAUGAUGACGCAGAAAUCGCAUUUAAAAAGGUUGGCCAAGCCUACCAAGUGCUCAGCAAUUCGCAAGAGCGGGCCGCCUUUGAUAAACAGCAUGACCGUUAUGAGAACAAAGGAAGCAUCGAUCCACAUGACCUCUUCGGGGAGGAGUUCGCGGACAAUGCUUCGGGCGACGAGUCUAGCGAGGCUCACUCAGCUGAUGAAGAAGAUGGACCAGAGACCCCUGACCACGCCGUUUUGGAAGUUUACUCUGAAGCUACUACCUAUGUCAAUGAAUAUCUCGCAGCGAAAGACACGUCCGUCGUCCACGAGAUGCGUGAAAAAAUCAACGACCUCAACCGGAGAAUUAAAGAAGACAACCGGAAACACGGCCGGCCUGAAAAUGACUUUCUGAUCAAGAUAGACCUGCUGACGGGUGUCCGCAACGAAUAUAACAAGGCAACUGACAUGGUCCAGGAUGGAACUGCCAGCGGAAAACAGUCGGAAACGCUGCGUAGGAUUGUGAGCCAGUUUGAGAAUGCGCGAAAGGGAUACGGCUAUCCGGAAACCUGGAAGCUCCCAUCAGCCAUUGGCAACGGCGACAGUAAUAACAACCAGGGGCCUGGCAAAACCAACGAUGCGCGCCGAAUACUUGGCUAUCUGCCACAUGUGGGCAGCCAGCGAACCAUUUUCUUCGUGGAAAGCCAGCCUAAUGGAAUCGCCAUGAAGCGGUCGCAGGACAUUGGAUAUGAUGCAACUAGGUUGUACCUGGAGCUCCCUGAGUCACAGAAAAAGGAUGUCCGUUAUUCGCAAAGCCGCUAUGGGAAAGACCAGCGGGGCAAUUAUGAUCAGAUCCUGGGAUGGGAUUGUCGAGUUCCGUCCAAUAUGUCUCCGUCUGACUGGGAAUACCGACGAGCUCUACCUCCUUCGUAUGGCCUGGUCCGUUUCCACAACGGUUCUGCGGACAUCCUGAGCCGAACCGCCCUGCGCAACGUGCUUGGGAGGGAGGCCGCUGAUCGAGAAAUUAAUACUUUCUAUGAACAGCGUAAUAUGGCUCCGCCGUGGGCUCAAAUGCCCUCUCGUGGACGACUCCCUGGCCGCAGUUAUGCUAAGAUUCAGGGGCCAUCAGUGGCCGACAGUGCAAUCAACGGACAGCAAGGUAUUGAGCCAACAGUGAGAGUUAAGCGUAGCAAAAAGAGCAGAUAUACAGGUGGAUCCCAGGGAGAUGAGAAUCAACAAGCCAGUUCUUCAGUAGGGGAACGCGGUGGAGAAGGCCAGGGCACUACAGAUACAAUCCAAGCCGUUAUGGAGACGAACCGACUCCAGAUGCAGGCCAUCACUGAUGCACUUGCUCAGCUAACAUCGCGGCUUGCUAUCAUGGACCAGGCUCGGAAUACCCUUCCUGGCUAG